UGAACAACCUGUUCAUGAGACUCAUGUUCGCAGAGGCCGUGCCUUCCCUACAGCAUACCGUUUUCGGCAGGGCCUUUACCAUACCGACAGGUUACACUGGCCAAUAAGCGUAGAACCCCUUGCGGUCCAGGUAGUCUACCAACCAGACUCGAGUUCAGAAGCUCCCAAGCCCCACUUCCCGAUUAAUGGCUACAGGGAAACGCAACACUGGCACAGACCUGCCAUUCAUUGUAUCGGUGGGUCAAGCCAAGGUGGACCCAGCGAAGCGGAAAUUUAUUCGAAGCCAUGUCAUGCGAGGAAAGAACCGAACGAAGGAGCCAAAACCACAGGUGAAUUCAACGGAUAGAACUGGGCUAAACGCGACAUCUUCCUCGAGCAGUGAAUCCCAGAGUAUCUCACGAUGGUCGUGCAGCAAGUUUUCUGGCAUCCGGUUCGCUGAUACAAUCGAACCUGCUUUUGUAGAAGACAUCUUCACGUUGCUCUCGGUGUCCUCCAAAGCAAUGUUCUUAUUAGACCAAUGCAUCAUUCCCAACGAAGAUGGUUUCCUGCAGGCAUGGAUUUCGCCUUUGCUCUCCGAUCCAGCUUACCUGCAUGUUGCCUGUGUGACAUCGCAGGCGUUUUUCGAUAACUAUGCUGGAAGGACACCAAGUGCUGAAGCGCGACGUCAGGAAUUUACUUCUUUCGAUAAAUCCAUUCGAAUCCUCUCGAAACGAAUCGCGACUAAUGACCGGAGCGAGGUAUUGGCCGAGUCCAACUUGAUGACAGUGCUGUUAUUGUCUGGCUACUCUUACGCAAGAGGCGACCACAAGGCUGCACACCAACACAAUGUUGCCUUGAUCAAGCUUGUCAAACUUAAAGGCACACAAGAAACCCUUCGAUAUUCUCCCAAGAUCCUGGUUCAGGAGAUCGUGCGAACCGACUUUUGUAUCUGCUACGAAAACGGCCAGAGACCAGCGCUCUUCACGUACGAGGCGAUCCCUUGGCCUCUGAUCUUGCCACCGACAGAUGUCAUCUCCAGCAGAGAUGCCGGUCACAUAGAAAGCAGACUAGAUCCAAAACUGUCAUCAGUUUGGGCCGCGAUGUCGCAUUUCUGUGCAAUGAUGAAUAUCGCCGCACGCAACCCCACUGCCCGAGUAACCGCAGAGACGUUUUUGCAAGCCAUGAGUUCUAUUCUAUACCGCCUCCUCCAUUUGCGCUUCGAGGAAGACACGCUCAACGAGACUUUUCGACUGGCUAUAUUGGCCAUUGCAGCUCCCACUUUCCUGGACUGGAAGACGGUCUAUUGGCUGAACGGCCAUUUCACACUAGUCUGGCGUCAAGCCUUGGAGACCGUCCUCGCUGAAUCCACGUUCACUCCACGAGAUCGAGUAUGGCUGCUCAUGGUUGGAACAUUAUCUUUUGCGCACGACCUAGACUUUCUCGCACGCCUCAUUGACGGGCUGCGAACACUCACAGAACAUUGUGAAAUAUUGACGUGGAACGCUUUGAGAGAGCUGCUGGGCUCCUAUAUGUGGAUAGGGACGUUGUUCGACAAACCCGGGGCUGGUGUCUUCGAGGCGGUAUCAGCGGACACAGGUAAGACUCUGUCCCUCACUCGUCGCUACAAUGGCGAAGACGAAGUAAUGGAACUUUUGGACACUAGGCCAUACUCCAAGAACCUGAAGCAUCCUUCCCGCCGUAAUGAUCGAGAAUACAAGAUUCGCGUUUAGGAGGAGCCAGCACGUGGAGACGAAAGUCCAAACGCAUAUCAUGCAACUUGCAUCAGAAUUAGCGAACUUCACUUGUUACAGGCUCCAGGAAUUCUAGACUGUGCCUCCGUGGUCUCGUCGCUCUGAGUCAAGAUGGCAUCGGUGAGCUCGUUGCUACGCGACUAGCGCAGUCUCUCCCUCGAUGUUGUGUACAUACAGUCACUACAAGGUCAAUCCAUCUAAAGUCGAUACCAAAAGCUAGAAUGCCAUCUCUGGGCAUUGUAAUUGAAACCUUGUCCC